UCUUGCCACCACUAGGACUACAGACUCUCUUCCCUUCUUUGCCCCGCCUGCUCCCUUUGCCAAGAACACUGAACAGGAAGAAGUAUUUCGCGGGGAUGCCACGAAGGCAGAGACUGUGAAGAAGGAAGAACAUUGCUUGGGCAGAAGGAGCAUAUUCUCAGGAGACGGGGCCCCUGCCUGCCACACCAAGCAUUGGGCCACCAGGAAGACCCCCAUCUGCAAUCCAGCCUAGCCUUCCAGGGAGAAAGAGGCCCCUGCAGCUCCUUCACCAUGAACUGGCACAUGAUCAUCUCUGGGCUUAUUGUGGUGGUGCUUAAAGUUGUCGGAAUGACUUUCUUUCUACUUUAUUUUCCACAGAUUUUUAACAAAAGUAACAAUGGUUUCACCACCACCAGGAGCUAUGGAACAGUCUCACAGAUUUUUGGGAGCAGUUCCCCAAGUCCCAAUGGCUUCAUUCCCACAAGAAGCUAUGGAACAGUCUGCCCCAAAGACUGGGAAUUUUAUCAAGAAAGAUGUUUUCUCUUACCUACUUCUGAAUCAUCUUGGAAUGAAAGCAGGGACUUUUGCAAAAGAAAAGGAUCCACAUUGGCAAUUGUCAACACACCAGAGAAACUGAAGUUUCUUCAGGACAUAGCUGAUACAGAGAAGUAUUUUAUUGGCUUAAUUUAUAACCGUGAAGAGAAAAGAUGGCGUUGGAUCAACAACUCUGUGUUCAAUGGCAAUGUUACCAAUCAGAAUCAGAAUUUCAACUGUGCGACCAUUGGCCUAACAAAGACAUUUGAUGCUGCAUCAUGUGACAUCAGGUACCGCAGGAUCUGUGAGAAGGAUGCCAAAUGAUCACAGUUCCCUGUGACAAGAACCAUACUUGCAACUCUUUUUGAACUCACACAGGUCUUCUGGCCAGUGAUUCUUUUACUUACCUAUCUGUCUACCAGCAGCGGUCCUUGCCCAUUUGAGAAACUGAGCUUCUUUCUUCUGCACUGGGGGACCGGAUGCUAGCCAUCUCCAGGAGACAGGAUCGGUCUUAUGGAAACAACUCAGUUGGUAUAGAGAUGAGGUCUGCUUCUGUAGUACUGAGCAUUUCCGACUGAUCAAAAGGGCCUAGCCUGUUGACAGGGUUUGUUUUAUUUUAACCUCAGAGUAUCUACCAUACUACCAGGGAGCAACUGUAGAGUGAGCAAUUAUAAACAUUAUUUAGGGAUUAUCAUGGUGGAAGAGGGAUAAACGUAGCUCCUGUGACCUCAUCUCUGUUCUCAAGGGAACCCCAUUCAUAUGCCCCUCCUAACUCCACAAGCUGGGGUAGCAGAGGCUCUCCUCAGUCUGAACGAAGGCUGGGCCUUGGGGAGGGCUCCUAGUGCUGAGCUUGGAGCAGCACGGACAGCAGCAUUGUUUAUGGGAAUGGAGAGACGUCUGGGCAGGAUAGGAACCUUCUUGGAGACGCCUUUGAAGAAAACCAGACAGCCAAGGGAACAAAACACACUAGAUUUCUGUUCUUUAGCAAAACCCUGAAGAGACACUUAAGCUAAAAAUUCCCUUGUCAUAUUUCUGAAACUCCAUUAUAACAUAUGUAACUCCUUUGUAACCAAAAUUUAGGUAAGCAGGCUUCCUUUGCUCUGAAGGUUUUGAGUACUUGACUGUAUUUGUUGAGUAUAUUUUUAAAAUUUUGGAUGGUCUCUUAGGCAACAAUAAUCACAAUAUAUUCGUCCCUUCAGUUCUAGAGAGAACCUGAUAUCAGACACAGCCUACUGACCCAAGGAGCCUGGCACUGGUUGGCAUCACAUUGAUCUAGAACAGGUCCAGCUGAUGAAGCAAUAGAAAAAGAGGAGGGCUGCUCAGGGAAACAUUGGCUGGGGGCAAGGAAUAAGCACAUAGUAGAAAGGGGACAUCAGGGUCAAAUGGAAAUCACCUGAGACAGGAAACAGAGCGUUCAUUUGGCCAUACUGGAAGAAAGGCAAGAAAGGGGGAGAAAAGUCUUGGCGUACCCUGGCUGUUCUCUGCAUUCACAAGACAUCAGCUGUUUACCCUGCUUGGUGCAUGAGAAAGAGAAAAGAGAUGCCUUGUGUGUUUUGAGUAAGAAUAAGUAAACCAUAAGGAAGACCAUGUAUAAAACUGAUGGAAAUAAUAGUCGCCUAAGUACAAUGCGUACCAUUUUGUGUCUAAUAACAAUGUACCACUGUAAUGACUGUACAUAUCAUUAUAUGCAAACCAAACAAGAUGUUGUAAAUCAUAUUUUUUAUUACAACACUAAGUUCUGUUUCUGCAUUUCUAGGUUUCAUCAUUUUGGGCUCCUUAGCAUGGCCAUUUACAAUUUUUAAAAAUGAGAUAACACAUCAGGUGUCUGAACUUGCUUAAAGAGAAUCACCAGAAGUAAUUUGUGUUUGAGAUGGGGUAGAAAUUGGAAUUAUAUUAGUAGCCUGUGGAGAUACAAGUUCUCUGACUGUGUUGGCAAAGAAUAAGUGCUACCGUUGAGAAAGGAAGUAAGGCUGAGUCUAGGUGGAGAGAAAAAUCAACAGAAUUCUAGCCAAAGGCAAGCCCCAGAACUCAGACAACAGAAAGGAAAUCCUAAUCCUUGUUUUGAGAAGAGAGAACUAUAGUUGCUUCAAUUCCUGUUUCAUGACAGAAUAACUGCAAACUUUUAAGAUCAGGAAAUUUAGACAUCUAGUGAUUUCUUUAGUAGACAGUUUAAAUUUCCCCCAAGAUUAGGAGACACUUCUGUGCAGGUUCUAAAAGGAGCCCAGUGGCCUGGGUUGGGAGUGGGGAGUAGAUAGGGAAAAUGUGGGCUUUGGUUUAAGUUUAUCAUUGGGAGAGUUCCUGGAUCCUUGCAAGCUUAGAUAAAUGUGAUCUUUAUUAGAUAGCAGUGGCAUGCUUUAAAAAAAAAAAGGCAAUGAAAUUUGAAUUUGAGUUUUGACUUUGCUUCUAAUAUGCUGUGUGAAUCAGUACAGUUUUCUUACCCUUUCUUGGUCUUAGUUUCCUUAUUGAUAAAAUGGGGUAGUAAUACCUAUCUCAAAAAAGUAUUGCACAUAUUAAAUAACAUUCCUCUAUGUAUCUCAAUGGCAUUAGACAUUAGGAGAAGCAUUUUGUGGAGGAUUUGAAGUUGAGAUCUUCAUCCAAGAAGUAGCUUUUCAAUUUGCUAGAAGCUUAAUGUAGGCAAGCCACUUAAUUUUCCAGAACUUGUUAACUCAUUUAUAAUAUGCGAAUAAAAAUUUGCCCAAGUCAGAGAAGGGUGCCUCAAAAAUGUUGUGGCCAAGCCACAUGGAGAUCAAAGGCACACUGUUCAUGACUUCAAAUGUGGGCCCAGCCUAGGUCAGCCAACCCCCAUACAACCCUUAGACUCAUGAACAAAUCCACCUGAGAUCAGCAGAGCCACCCCAGAUCAGCAGAAACUCUAAGCAUGAAAAUAAAAGCUUAUACCACCGGAGUUUUCUGGUUAUAUCUCAUAUAGCAAAAUCUAACUGAUGCAAUCUCCACCUGGCCUUCAUCCUUCUCCCUUUAUUGUCCUUUCAUGUGUUGUUCAUCCAGCAAUCAGGAUGAUCUUGUUAAAACAUUAAACAGAUUCUGUUACUCUU